GCAAAAUUUUUGGACAAAGUAGGUAUCACGUUAGAGGUCUAUAUCCUCAGGGGUGCAAUGGACGCAGUACCACCAUUAAAAGAUAAACAUCUUUUAAUCAGGGACUUAAGGUUUGAAAAGGUUGAAGUAAGACUUUACCAGCCAAAAAUACCAACAACUGGCCAAAGAAGAGGAAUAGUUUAUCUUCAUGGAGGAGCUGGACGGUUUGGAAGCAUUCGGGCCUAUGAAAGAACAUGCAGCUAUUUCGCUAGAAAAACCAAUUCAGUGGUUGUGUCUGUUGGGUAUCGCUUAGCUCCUGAGCAUCCAUAUCCAGCCCAGUUUGAGGAUUGUCUUGCUGCCACCGCACACUUUAUGAGGACUGCACAAGAGUACGGAGUAGACCCUUCUCGCAUUAUCGUCUGUGGAGACAGUUGUGGAGGCACACUCGCUGCUGCUGUUGCCCAAGCACUGGUGAACAGAAGAGACCUCCCCAAGCUGAGAGCACAAAUGCUAAUCUAUCCUUUUCUCCAGAGUGUGGACUUCAAUUUGCCUUCUUAUCAGCAGAAUGAGAAAGUCCCCAUUUUGUUAAGGGAACGAACCCUUGAGCUUAGUUUGAAGUAUCUUAAUAAAGACUUGUCACUCACAAAAGCAAUAAUUAAAGGCUGUCAUAUUCCAGAAGAUUUGCAACUGAAGUAUCAGAAAUGGGUGAGUCCCGACUACAUCCCUCAUGAGUUUAAAACAAGAGGCUACAAACCAAGUACAAGACAUCCAUUCUCAAAGGAACUCUACGCACAGGUCAAGUCUAUGUUUGACACCACUUUUUCACCACUGCUAGCUGAGGACAGUGUUAUUGCUCGACUUCCUGAGACUUUCAUUUUGACCUGUGAACUCGAUGUGCUUAGAGAUGACGGACUGCUGUACAAGAAGCGAUUAGAGGAUCAUGGUAUAAAAGUGACCUUGUGCAAUCUGCAGGAGGGAUUCCAUGGAGUAGUAUUCUUUGCUCUUUUAGGUCAGCAGAUAGGAUUCCGAGCUGGAAAGAAAGGCCUGGCAAAGAUGGUAAAUUUUCUAAGAUUGAUGUAA